AUGAGAGUCUGUGAGAUUUGCCACAACGAAGUUGAUAAGAGUCAAGUUUGGAUUACAUGCGAUGAUGGGUGCAAAAGGUGCUUCAUCAAAGACAACCUUACAAAAGAACAAUUGUGUGUUUCUUGUGUAGAUGGGUUUGCAUUGAGGAAUGGAAAGUGUCUUAAAAUAGAAAACCGUGAGUAUUGUCUUGAUGAGUUGGACAAUGUCGGCUGUGAAUCGUGCGCCAACUAUUAUUUGACUGUUGAAAUUGGCACAAAGUGCUCGCCGAAUAACAGAAAUGCAAAUUACUCGUUUUACAACGAAAAGGGUGAGUGUUUUGAAUACAACUCAAAACCAAAAGUGUUAUCUUCAAUGAAAACAGAAGACGCAAAUGAUGCCAAUUGCCAAGAGGGUGAAUACCAGAAAGGGCACUGUCUGUCUUGUCGACGUGGUUUUGCCCCAAUCUUAUCAAGUCCACCAGUUUGUACAGAGUGCGGGUGCAGAGAGUGCAACAAGAUCAACUAG